AUGGCCUGCUACUACUCCAAAUUUCCAUUUGUGAGAAAAGUGAAAGACCUGACAGCCAAAACAAUCACUACAGUGGCUCGAGGACUCCUAGCAGAGCAAGGAAUACCAGAGCAGAUCAUAUGUGACAAUGGAACCCAGUUCACAUCACAAGAAUUCAAAAAGCUAGCCGAUGAGUAUGGGUUCAAUAUUACAACUUCAUCUCCACACUACCCCAAAGGUCAUGGGUUUAUAGAAAGACAGGUGCAGACAGUGAAGAGAACACUAGUCAAAUGCCGUGAGACUAAGGAAGACCCACACCUGGCACUUCUGUCUCUACGAGCGACACCACUGAGAGCUGAUAUGAAAUCCCCAGCAGAAUUGUUGAAUGGCAGGAGGUAUAAAACUACCCUGCCAACUAAGAUCCAACCUCCUAUUGACCAGGAAGAAACAAGGGUCUACACCGGUUGCGUUACUCCUCUGCAAGCUCGUCAUAAGACAGCUAUUUGGGUGUGCGUUCAUCCGCUAUUCGAACAAUAUGACCAGACCAUCUCAUUUGGUUUUUCAGAAUUAUUGAUUUCAUUGAAGUGA